AUGAUUCGACAGGACUUUCAUAGAAUUGAUCCCAAGAGGAGGACGACUCUUGAUCACAAGAAGAAGCAGUUUGCAGCGCCCUCAUACAAGCAGCAGGACUACCCGCACCGUUUGAACUUUUAUGAUGUCCCUCCAGUUGCAGAGAUAACACUUGAACAAUUUGAACAAUGGGCCAUUGACAGACUAAAGAUUCUGGCUGAAAUCGAGGCCUGUUCUUAUCGAAACAAGUCGGCUGCUGAGACGGCAUCGCAUCUUACCCCUCUCAUUCAAAAAUUCCUUCCUUUGUCCUCCAACACAUCAUCUUCCUCGGGUGCCGCAGACCAGCGAUUGAAAAAUGAACGCCAAAAAGAUCAUUAUUCACACUUCAUCCUUCGAUUGGCGUUCUCGGCCACCGAAGACCUCCGCCGGCGAUUCGCACGCGCAGAGACUAUGCUCUUCCGAUUCCGGUUCCAACAAGACGACUCGAAAGAGAAGCGGGCUUUCAUUGAGAGCCUCAACCUAGACUGGGAACCAGUCAGUGACGAGGAGAGGCGGGGAGUUGCUGAACAUUUGGUUGCUGCCACACCUGGUUUGCGUCGCGCGGAUGAAGAGACUUGGUACAAGGUGGACUGGGAGAGAGUACCUGAGCUGGUCGAACGACGAUCCGUUUACAUGCACAGAGGAAAGGCUUAUGUUCCUGGAAGAGAGCAAUUGAGUAUGAUCAUUGCGGAAUUCACCGCACGAUUGGAACGUGCUCUCGAGCUCACGAGUCGAGCUCUACCGCGCCUGGACGAAGACGACCGGUUGACUCCAAUCUUGAAUCAUCUAUCUAAGAACUUCGGUAGCGCAGAAUCUGUGUACACGGAGGGCGAAGGGUUCGUUGAUGGGGCACCAAUCACUGCAGGUGCCAUUGACCAUCUUUCUCAGCACUUCCCACUCUGCAUGCGCAGCUUGCACAUGUCAUUGCGCAAGAACAACCAUCUGAAGCACUACGGUCGUCUUCAAUACACCUUGUUUCUGAAGGGAAUUGGUCUGUCCCUAGAGGAGUGUAUUCUCUUCUGGCGUCAGUCCUUCAAGGGCUUUACGGAUGACGAAUUCAACUCUCGAUACAAGUACAACGUCCGCCACGCUUAUGGUGAUGUGGGUGGUGAUGUAAAUCGCAGAGGCCGAGGAUACCCUCCCUACUCAUGCCAAAAAAUCCUCAAUGAUUCAAACGCUAGUGUUGGCCAGACCCAUGGGUGCCCGUAUCGCCAUUUCUCUGUCGAUAACCUCCUGGGACUUCUUCAGGCGACAGGUGUCAAUGAUAGAGAAGUGCUACGCGGAGUGCGAGAGGAUGUCGAGAAAACCCGGUAUCAUAUCGCUUGCAACAGAGUUUUCGAGUGGGCGCACAAGGGUGACAUCAAGAGAGUCAAGGAAGACGGGUCUUGGAGCCAGACGGAUCUCGACACAAUCGUCCACCCGAACACUUACUUCAAGCGCAGCUACCUGCUGAAGCAGAUGGGCAAAGCCCCCAGAGACUCUUAG